AUGCAUUCUUCAAAGCCCAGGCUUGUUGUUCCAUAUGGCCUCAAGACUUUACUCGAGGGAGUGAGCAGAGCUGUUCUCAAAACCAGUCCAAGCAAUAUCACUGAGUUUGCAGCUCUCUACUUCAGAGAGCUAAUUGCAUUUAGAGAAGAAAAUCCUAAUUUGGAUAUAACAGACCUGGUUAGAGAAUUUCAUUUCACUAGAGUAGAGGGCUGGACUGAUAGACUGCCAGAAAAGAGAGCUGACCUUGGAGACAUAAGUGUGGUGUCUCCACUUUCUGAGGAACCAAAACGAAAGGAAAAAUCCACAGACACAGAGGAGGACCAGUUGCACGAAGGCCCUGAACCUGAAUACAGCAGCAAAACUACACAAUACCCAUCAACUCACGGUGAACUUGCAGAAAAUGAACCAUCCCCUAAGGGACCUGAACUUGCCUAUGUCCCAGCUGAUCCUGCACAGCUUGCUGCACAGAUGUUAGCAAUGGCAACAACCGAAGCAGGACAACCACCACCAUAUUCUAAUGUGUGGACUCUCUAUUGUCUAACUGAUUUGAGCCAACAAGGUCGAAAGUCACCACCACCCCUUCCUCCUGCUGGAACUGGUGCUCCUUAUCCCCAAGCAACCCUCUAUAUAUCUAGUGGGAAGGAGCAACAACCGUUCCUACAACAGCAGCUGACACCACAAGGUCCACCACAAGUAUCCUCUCCAACUUAUGUGAUGAUGGAAGAAGGCAAGAGGGGAAAUGCACCACCUUUCAUUUUAGUGGGCUCUACAGUUCAGAAUGUACAGGACUGGAAGUCUAUUCCUGGCCAUGCUGUCCUUACACAGCAUGACACAAGUGCUGUGAGGAGAUUCACUACAGUACCUGUACCAGUUGCCAGGCCAGCAGAUCUGAAAAUGGCCACUCCAAACCCAAAUUCUAAUUCUGCACAAGAAACUGCUAGACCACCAACCCCAGUUUUUCUUUCAGUUGCCAUACCCUUAGACGAGGUAAUGUCUGCAAAGAGGGGCUCAGCAGCUGGUGAUAAAGCAGGCAUAAAUCCCUUUGCAGGAAGCUAUGGUAUAGCAGGAGAGAUUACAUUUACUUCUGCCCCGGUCCGCAGAGCAGACUCGUGAGAAGGUUGAGAGGAGAUGAUGUCAUGUGAACACCCCAGGAUGGAAAUCUGCAUCUUAAAAUAAUAAAUUAACUUAAU